AUGCCCCGGAGCCUUCUGCUCAGCCCCACACAUACGCUGUAUCCUUCAGUACUGUACAACCCCUCGAUCAUACAGCCUCCACUCUCAUCCUUGGCUAUCCUCGCGCGCUCUCGCUCUGGCCAACGCAGUCGCUCUAGAUCGCGCUCACACGACAACCCAACACUCCCGCGCUGCCGCGGCACAACGCAGAAGGGGGAGCAGUGCCUACGGCCGGCCAAACACGCAGCCAUAGGGUCGACAAGCGACGAAGAGACCCGCUGCUUCACCCACGUUCUCCAGCCAGACGACUUUCCCGAUGCGGCUCCCAAUUAUGUCGAGGUUACCGUUGAGAACGAUGGGAGGGCGACAACGGUGAGGGUUUCGUAUGGCCCAGAGCGCGCUGCGGAUGAGGAAGAGAGGGAGGAGAUUGUCGAGCAGGCUGAGGCCACGUCUCCAGGUACUGGACAUCGGAGAAUGAGAGCGGGAUCUCCCGUCAACGACGCCCAGUCCUUGGAACAGCGCCGUCUACGAGUGCGCCCCAUUGCCAGUGCCUCACAACCCUCCCGCCAGGACGCGCAGCCCAAGACAUCCACCCAUCCGCAAGCCAGGCCUCGCCCAGGAGUCCAAACACGAUCCCAAUCCCGCUCGCGCCCCCCAGCUCCAGACCCAGCCUUCACCGCAGCAGAGCACGAAGUCCUGCGCGCCGACCGCCAGCACCGCGAGCAAAUGUUCCGAACCGCCUGGACCCAGCACCAGACCGAGCAGCUCGAAGACGCAAUCCCAAUCAUCCAAGGCAUGAACCGCCUGCGCCGCGAAGGCGGCACUAUAUUCGGCCCGCAGUCUCGCAUCGGCCUGAUUGGCUCAUCGCUCAUCAGCCUGAUGCAGCGGUCUACACUCCAUAACGAAACCCUCGUGCACACGGCGGAGCAUCUGGAUACGCAUGAGGAGGAUCUCAGUAGCCUGCGGACGCGCGUGAGCAAUAUCGAGGCAAGGCAGGGCGAUCUGGAAAAGCGGUGGGAGGAGGAGUCGCAUCAGUGGACGCCGAGGACGGGCGCGAGGCAGGUUCGUUUCGACACAGCGGACCAUUCGCAUGGUGGGGGAAGCGCGUCGUUCUUCGAUGAAGGGUUUGGCGAUGGGGGAGAGGGCGAUGGAAGGUUUCGAGAUGUUUGA